GUUUUGGCAGCACCAUCCAGUGUCCUGCUGGCAACUUUUGGAAAGCCCCAGGCUGUGGACCAGCCAGCAGGCUGUGCCCCCGAAUCUGAGUUGCCGGGAGAGAAGAAAGUGGCUUAAACCUCCUGCAAAGAAGUUGGCCUGGCUGGAACAGCCCCUUGAGAGCUACUAGCAAUGGGGCUCCUCUUCCUCACCUACCUGCUGGCUGUCUUUCCAGUGGUCUCCAUGAAGAGUCCCAUAUUCGGUCCCCAGGAAGUGAGCAGUGUGGAAGGUGGCUCAACAUCCAUCACAUGCUACUACCCAGACUCCUCCGUCAACCGGCAUACCCGGAAGUACUGGUGCCGGCAGGGAGCCAAGGGCCGUUGCACGACACUCAUCUCUUCGGAGGGCUACGUCUCCAAGGAUUAUGAGGGCAGAGCCAACCUCAUCAACUUCCCAGAGAACAACACAUUUGUGGUGAACAUCGGCCGUCUCACCCAGGCUGACUCUGGGCACUACAAGUGUGGUCUGGGCAUUAGUAGCCGAGGCCUGUCCUUUGAUGUGAGCCUGGUGGUCAGCCGUGGUCCUGGGCUCCAAAAUGACACUGGAGUCUACGUUGCUGACUUGGGCGGAACAGUGACCAUGAAUUGCCCCUUCAAGGUUGAGAAUUCUGAGAAGAAGAAGUCUGUGUGCAAGAAGGAAGGCCAGAGCUGUGUUCUAGUCAUUGACUCCACAGAGAAUGUGAGCCCCAACUAUAAGGACAGAGCAGAGAUCAUUAUUCAGGGUACCAACCAAUUAGAAUUCAGUUUCAUUAUCAAGCGACUCCAGCUCAGCGAUGCUGGGAUGUACGUCUGCCAGACUGGGGAUGAUUCCAGUGGUGAGAAGAGGAACAUGGACCUCCAAGUGCUGAAGCCUGAGCCUGAACUGCUUUAUGGAGAUCUGAGGGGCUCUGUGACCUUUGAUUGUGCCCUGGGCUCCGAGGUGAAAGAUACAGCCAAAUUUCUGUGCCGGUUAAGCGAUGGGAAAGACUGUGAUGUGGUCAUCAACACCCUGGGGAAGAAGGCUCAGGCUUUUGAGGGCAGAAUCCUGCUCACUCCCAUGGAUAAGGGCUUCUUCAGUGUGCAUAUCACCAACCUGAGGAAAGAGGAUUCAGGGUACUACCUGUGUGGAGCCGACUCUGAUGGCGAGCCUCAGAAAGGCUGGCCCAUCCAGGCCUGGCAACUCUUUGUCAAUGAAGAGACCAUAAUUCCCAAGAGUCCCUCUGUGGUGAAAGGUGUGGUUGGUGGCUCUGUGGCAGUGUUCUGCCCCUACAACCCUAAGGAAGCAAACAGCCUGAAGUACUGGUGUCGCUGGGAAGACACUCAAAAUGGACACUGCCAACCACUGGUGGAGAGUGACAGGCCGGUUAAGGAGCAGUACAAGGGGAGGCUCACACUGCACGAAGAGCCAGGCAAUGGCACCUACACGGUAAUAUUCAACCAGCUCACCACCGAGGAUGCUGGCUUCUACUGGUGUGUGACCAAUGGCGAUCAUCGCUGGAGGUCCAUGGUGGAGCUCAAGAUUGUCGAAGGAGAACCAGGCCUCAAGGCACCCAAGAAUCCCACUGCUUGGGUGGGAGAGACCUUCAAUCUCUCCUGCCAGUUCCCAUGCAAAUACUACUCCUAUGAGAAAUACUGGUGCAAGUGGAGUAACAAAGGUUGCAAAACUCUGCCCAGCCAAGGGUCCAGCCAGGCCGUCAUGAACUGCGACCAGAAGAGCCAGAUCAUUUCCAUGACCCUGAACCCAGUCUCCAAGGCGGAUGAAGGCUGGUACUGGUGCGGGGUGAAGGACGGGCUCCGAUACGGAGAGACCACGGCUGUCUAUGUGGCAGUCCAGGAGAGGGUAAAGGGGUCCCAAGAUGUCAGCCAAGUGGAUGCUGCUCCUGGUGAAGAGUCAAGUGUCAGGGAGGUUGAGAGCAAAGUCGUUCAGAAUCCCAGGCUUUUUGUGGAAAACAAUCCAGUGAAGGAUACCGGAGACCCUGCAGAUGGGAGCAGAGCAUCCGCAGACACCAGCAGCUCUGAGGGACAAAGUAGGAGCUCCAACGUGCUUGUCUCCACCCUGGUGCCCCUGGGCCUGGUGCUGGCAGUGGGGGCCGUGGUCGUGGCAGUGCUUAGAGCACGGCACAGGAAGAAUGUUGACCGGAUUUCGAUCAGAAGCUACAGGACAGACAUUAGCAUGUCAGACUUUGAGAACUCCAGAGAUUUUGGUGCCAAUGACAACAUGGGAGUCUCGCCAGUCACUCAGGAGACAACUCUCGGAGGAAAAGAUGAGUGCAGCACCACCACCGAGAACACCGUGGAGACUGAGGAACCCAAGAAGGCAAAACGGUCCUCCAAGGAGGAAGCCGACAUGGCCUACACCGCCUUCUUGCUCCAGACCAACAACAUGGCUGCCGAAGUCCAGGAGGGCCCUGGGGAAGCCUAGGUGCCAGGCGCUCUCUCCUCUCCCACCACUCAUGACAAUCGCCUUCAGAAUCAUAGUGAUCCUCAGGGGACCUCA